GCCCCACAAUUUAUCAUUAAACCCCGACGCCAACUUGUCGAUGAAGGUGAUAGCACCAAGUUCAAAGCUUCUUUUGAAGGAUCGUCCAAUACUCAGGUCACAUGGUCAAAAGAUGGAAAAGAAAUUCUUCCUGAUGACCAUUGCAAGGCUGCUAUCAAUAAAAACAGAUUUAAACUAACAAUAGGGAAAGUGGUACCAGGUGAUGCUGGGGCGUACGUUUGUGAGGCAUAUAAUGAAUUUGGUGAAUCUGAUACAUUUUGUAAUCUUUCUAUUAGAGAAAUUGAGAAAUCAUUACCUCCCGAUUUUAUCACGAAACCAAAAUUGACCAAAGUAACGGAAGGAGCUGAUGCUAUUUUUAGCUGUACAGUUGUGGGUUUUCCCCUUCCGAAUGUCUACUGGGAAAGAAAUGGUAAAAUACUACAAGACUGUACCAAAUAUCAGGUAUAG